AUGAAAGCAUUGGCUUUUUGUAAUAUGGACAGUGUCAAUUAUCAACGCAACAGAACACGUAAACGAUUUGCAGAUGAAAAUAGGGACUCAGAAGACAAAGCAGUGACAAAUUCAAGAAAAACAUUUAGAACUAGUGUUUACAUCAAAAUCAUCGACAACAUGACUGGUCAACUUAGACAUCGCAUGGGAAACUACUGUUCUCUCGGUACUAGAUUUGAAAUUUUCAAAGACCUUCACGACAAAGAUCCACAUAAGAUCAACGUAGAAGCAGAGAGGCUAGCUGAAUCGUACCCAAAUGAUUUUGACAUUGAUUCUCUUAUCAAUGAGUGCCUACACUCCCAAGGGUACAUGAAACUCGAAAACAUUAAAUAUUUAAAAGAAUGUUUUGCUUACAUCAGCAAUAAUGAUUUAAAAAGUACUUUCCCAAACCUGGAAAUUGCCAUGAGAAUAUUCUUAAGUAUUCCCGUGACAAGCUGUUCUGCUGAAAUAGGAAAUAAGAUCUACUAUGGGAGAGGGAAAACUGAACAGCAUAAUGAUUUUAUAUACGUCAAAUGA